AUGUCAGAGGACGGCCUCUGGAGGGGCAGCCGGCCAUCCCGGCACUGGCACAUGGCGCUGUCGGGCUUCGGCGGCUGCAAGCCACAGGCUGCCUUGCAAGCCUCGGCGUGGUCUUUGUACAUCACCUCCUCGUCCUUGGCCAUGAAGUCCCUGAUUUCAGGAACGGCCAGGAGGCCCGAGAUCGUGGUGGGCUUGGCAAUCAUCUGCUCGGACAGCUCGGAGGCCACGUUCUCAAAGUGCAUCUUCGAGAAGCGGCUGUCAGCUGCCAGGGCUGCCAGCUCACCUCGCGAGCGGGAGUGCGCUCCAAAAGACUGA